UACCAGAACAGGUUCUUAGGCCUGGCCGCCAUGGCAUCUCCAUCCAGAAACUCCCAGAACCGACGCCGGUGCAAGGAGCCCCUCCGCCACAGCUACAACCCGGGCCAGUUCCACAGCAUGGCCAUUAGGACCGGCCCCCAUGGCGCUGUCACCAUCCCCCGCUCCACCAGCGACACCGACCUGGUCACCUCAGACAGCCGCUCCACACUCAUGGUCAGCAGCUCCUACUACAACAUAGGGCACUCGCAGGACCUGGUGAUCCACUGGGACAUAAAGGAGGAAGUGGACGCUGGGGACUGGAUUGGCAUGUACCUCAUCGAUGAGGUCUUGUCGGAAAACUUUCUGGACUAUAAAAACCGUGGAGUCACGGGUUCUCAUCGGGGCCAGAUCAUCUGGAAGAUCGAUGCCAGCUCUUACUUUGUGGACCCUGAAACUAAGAUCUGCUUCAAAUACUACCAUGGAGUGAGUGGAGCCUUGCGAGCCACCACCCCCAGUGUCACCGUCAAAAACUCAGCAGCUCCUAUUUUUAAAAGUAUUGGCUCCGAUGAGACUGUGCAAGGGCAAGGAAGUCGGAGGCUGAUCAGCUUUUCUCUCUCAGAUUUCCAGGCCAUGGGGUUGAAGAAAGGGAUGUUUUUCAACCCAGACCCUUACCUGAAGAUUUCCAUUCAGCCUGGGAAGCACAGCAUUUUCCCUGCCCUCCCACACCACGGACAGGAGAGGCGAUCCAAGAUCAUCGGCAACACCGUGAACCCCAUCUGGCAGGCCGAGCAAUUCAGCUUUGUGUCCUUGCCCACUGAUGUGCUGGAAAUUGAGGUGAAGGACAAGUUUGCCAAGAGCCGCCCCAUCAUCAAGCGCUUCUUGGGAAAGCUGUCGAUGCCCGUUCAGAGACUCCUGGAAAGACAUGCCAUAGGGGACAGGGUGGUCAGCUACACACUUGGCCGCAGGCUUCCAACAGAUCAUGUGAGUGGACAGCUGCAAUUCCGAUUUGAGAUCACCUCCUCCAUCCACCCAGACGACGAGGAGAUUUCCCUGAGUACCGAACCCGAGUCUGCAGAAAUUCAGGACAGCCCCAUGAAUAGCCUGGUGGCAAGCAGCCGUGGGGAGCCCCCUUGCACUAAUGCACCAGAGCCCUCGGGGACCUCAAGGCCGGAGCAGCCGAGCCAGGGCAGCGCGGUGGGCCCUGCAGGGAACGACAGCCUGGAGCUUGCCAGUCCGGUUGAGGCCGCCGCAGGUACCACGGAGGCAGGAGAUGAUGGCACGGUCUGUGUGCGGCCUGAGGGGGCUGGGGAGCUUCUGGCCCCCUGGCCAGAGGACACGGAGCCCGCCCUGAGCGCGGAAGAACUGGCCGAGCGGCUGGACCUGGGCGGGGAGGCGGCCCUACCCGGGCUGCCGGAGGACGGUCGAGCCCCGGGCAGCCCCGGGCAGCCAGUGGCCAAGGAGGCGGCGACAGAGAGCCGGGCUGGGGGGCAGGAGGUGGAAGAGGGGCAGGUGGAGGAGGAGGAGGGGGACGUGUCUGCCCCGGGGCAGGGGGAGGACAGGCUGCAGCUGCGGGCUUCCGUGAAGAGGAAAAGCAGGCCGUGCUCCCUGCCUGUGUCCGAGCUGGAGACGGUGAUCGCGUCCGCCUGCGGGGAGCCCGAGACGCCUCGGACCCACUACAUCCGCAUCCACACGCUGCUGCACAGCCUGCCCUCUGCGCAGGGCGGCGGCGCGGACGACGACGGCGCGGAGGAGGAGGCCACCCUCAAGGAUGCCUCGGAGAAGGAGGCGCUCAGCGAGGUGGACACGGUCGCCGCCGAGCCUCCUCCCCUGGAAGAGGAUGGAGAGGCCCCCGAGGGGGCCACUCCAGGCACGGCGCCCCCGGGCCACUCGGGCUUGGCCAACGGCUCGGUCCCAGAUGGCGACACGCUCCCCAGCACGGGGAGCGAGAGCGACUCCAGCCCGCGGCAGGGCGGGGACCACAGCUGCGAGGGCUGCGACGCGUCCUGCUGCAGCCCCUCGUGCUACAGCUCCUCGUGCUACAGCACCUCGUGCUACAGCACCUCGUGCUACAGCAGCUCCUGCUACAGCGCCUCCUGCUACAGCCCCUCCUGCUACAACGGCAGCAGGUUCGCCAGCCACACCCGCUUCUCCUCCGUGGACAGCGCCAAGAUCUCCGAGAGCACCGUCUUCUCCUCCCAGGAUGACGACGACGAGGAGGAGAACAGCGCCUUCGAGUCGGUGCCCGACUCGGUGCAGAGCCCGGAGCUGGAGCCGGAGUCGGCGAACGGCGCGGGGUGGCAAGACGAGUCGGCUGCCCCCACCGGGAGCGUGGCCAGAACCGUGGAAGGUCUGGAGUCCCCCGUGGCAGGGCCAAGCAGUCGAAGAGAAGGUGAAUGUCCUAUACUCCAUAAUUCCCAGCCAGUAAGCCAGCUUCCUUCCUUGAGGCCUGAACAUCAUCACUACCCAACAAUCGAUGAGCCUCUUCCACCAAACUGGGAAGCUCGCGUUGACAGCCACGGGCGGGUCUUUUAUGUGGACCACGUGAACCGCACGACCACCUGGCAGCGUCCCACAUCAGCAGCCACCCCCGACGGGAUGCGGAGAUCCGGGUCCAUCCAGCAGAUGGAGAAACUCAACAGGCGGUACCAAAAUAUUCAGCGAACCAUUGCUACAGAGAGGCCUGAAGAAGAUUCUGGCAGCCAAAGUUGUGAGCAAGUCCCAGCAGGAGGCAGCGGAGGAGGUGGCGGAAGCGAUUCAGAGGCGGAAGCUUCUCAGUCGAGCAUAGAUCUGAGGAGAGAUGGGUCACUUUCUCCAGUGAACUCACAAAAAAUCACCUUGCUGCUGCAGUCUCCAGCUGUCAAGUUCAUCACUAACCCUGAGUUCUUCACUGCACUGCACGCCAAUUAUAGUGCCUACCGAGUCUUCACCAGUAGCACCUGCUUGAAGCACAUGAUCCUCAAGGUCCGGCGGGACGCACGCAACUUUGAGCGCUACCAACACAACCGGGACUUGGUGAAUUUCAUCAACAUGUUUGCGGACGCUCGGCUGGAGCUGCCCCGGGGCUGGGAGAUCAAAACAGACCAGCAGGGAAAGUCUUUCUUCGUGGACCACAACAGUCGAGCCACCACUUUCAUUGACCCCCGAAUCCCUCUUCAGAACGGUCGUCUUCCCAACCACCUGACACAUCGACAGCACCUCCAGAGACUCCGAAGUUACAGCGCUGGAGAGGCCUCAGAAGUCUCUAGAAACAGAGGAGCCUCUUUACUGGCCAGGCCAGGACACAGUCUAGUAGCUGCUAUUCGAAGCCAACAUCAACAUGAGUCACUGCCACUGGCAUAUAAUGACAAGAUUGUGGCAUUUCUUCGCCAGCCAAACAUUUUUGAAAUGCUGCAAGAGCGUCAGCCAAGUUUGGCGAGAAACCACACACUCAGGGAGAAAAUCCAUUACAUUCGGACCGAGGGUAAUCAUGGGCUUGAAAAGUUGUCCUGUGAUGCAGAUCUAGUCAUUUUGCUGAGUCUCUUUGAAGAAGAGAUUAUGUCCUAUGUCCCCCUGCAGGCUGCCUUCCACCCUGGGUACAGCUUCUCUCCUCGCUGUUCCCCCUGCUCGUCACCUCAGAACUCCCCAGGUUUACAGAGAGCCAGUGCAAGAGCCCCUUCACCCUACAGGAGAGACUUUGAGGCCAAGCUCCGCAAUUUCUACCGAAAACUGGAAGCCAAAGGAUUUGGUCAGGGUCCAGGGAAAAUUAAGCUCAUCAUUCGGCGGGACCACCUGUUGGAGGGAACCUUCAAUCAGGUUAUGGCCUAUUCCCGGAAGGAGCUCCAGCGAAACAAGCUCUAUAUCACCUUUGUUGGAGAGGAGGGCCUGGACUACAGUGGUCCUUCGCGAGAGUUCUUCUUCCUUUUGUCUCAGGAGCUCUUUAACCCUUACUACGGACUCUUCGAGUACUCCGCCAAUGACACCUACACCGUGCAGAUCAGCCCCAUGUCUGCGUUUGUAGAAAACCAUCUUGAAUGGUUCAGGUUUAGUGGUCGAAUCCUAGGCCUGGCUCUGAUCCAUCAGUACCUUCUGGACGCUUUCUUCACAAGGCCCUUCUAUAAGGCACUCCUGAGACUGCCCUGUGAUUUGAGUGACCUGGAAUAUCUGGAUGAGGAAUUCCACCAGAGCUUGCAGUGGAUGAAGGACAACAACAUCACAGACAUCCUCGACCUCACAUUCACGGUUAAUGAAGAAGUUUUUGGCCAGGUAACGGAGAGGGAGUUGAAGUCUGGAGGAGCGAACACCCAAGUGACAGAAAAGAACAAGAAGGAGUACAUCGAGAGGAUGGUGAGGUGGCGGGUGGAGCGCGGAGCGGUGCAGCAGACGGAGGCCCUGGUCCGGGGCUUCUACGAGGUGGUGGACUCGAGGCUGGUCUCCGUGUUCGAUGCCAGGGAGCUGGAGCUGGUGAUUGCGGGCACGGCGGAGAUCGACCUGGCCGACUGGAGGAACAACGCCGAGUACCGGGGAGGUUAUCACGAUGGGCAUCUCGUGAUCCGCUGGUUCUGGGCUGCGGUGGAACGUUUCAACAAUGAGCAGAGACUCAGAUUACUGCAGUUCGUCACGGGAACAUCCAGCGUGCCCUACGAAGGCUUUGCAGCCCUUCGAGGAAGCAACGGGCUUCGGCGUUUUUGCAUAGAGAAAUGGGGGAAAAUUACAUCUCUCCCCAGGGCACACACGUGCUUCAAUCGAUUGGAUCUACCACCUUAUCCCUCGUACUCCAUGUUGUAUGAAAAGCUGUUAACGGCAGUAGAAGAAACCAGCACCUUUGGACUUGAAUGAGGAACUCAAAACUUCCCUGACACUUUCCUGGCCAGUGACAUCAUCCUUUCCCUCUCCCUGAAUCAACUCUCCUUUGAUUUUGGUAUUCCAUGAUUUUCGUUUCCAAACCAAAUCAGGAUUGACGAGCUGUGCAUGAAGAAUUGCCUUCUUCUAAGAUCUUACCUUCAGGCUUAUCUCCUCUACUUUUAAUGAACUGCUAGCCUGUAUGCAAUAUUUAAAAAGAAAAACAAACUAACUAAAAAACAGCUGUCUCAAGGUCUGUGUAUAUCUCCACAUACCUCCAUUACUGACAAUGAAAUAUGAAUGCAAGUUAUGCUACACUUGACCAAAUGGUAAUA